AUGAAGGCGGCCAUGGUCACCAAGGCUUCCAUUGAAGACGGCAUCGAAGUUCAAACAGUUGAUAAACCUGUUCCUGCCAAAGGAGAAGUACUUGUCCAAGUCACGGCAUCUGCAAUAAAUCCCGUGGACUGGAAAUUGGUAAAAUAUGGAGCUUACAAGUCGUAUCCUGGUCCACUCGGUUGUGAUUUCGCUGGUGUUGUGACUGCAUUGGGAGACGAUGUCAAGGACUUUGCUGUUGGUGAUGAAGUCAUGGGCUUUACAAGGCUUAUGGAAGCUGGACGCGGUACUUUUGCACAGUUUCUAGUCGCGGAAGCUUCAUGCUGUAUCAGGAAACCAGCAUCUAUGCCCUUUGAUGAAGCUUCGACAUUUGGUGUCGGAUCCUUGACUGCAGCCCUCGCACUGUUUUUCCAUCAAAAACUGGCCAAACCAUCAACGUCACCCAAAGACCAGGGUUAUUAUCUUGUUUGGGGAGCUUCAAGUUCUGUCGGAUUGUUUGCAGUUCAAUUGGCCAAAGCAGCUGGUUUCCAAGUCAUUGGAACUUGUUCGCCCAGAAACUUUGAUUUGGUGAAAUCGUUUGGAGCUGAUUUCGUGUUGGAUUCAAACAAGGAAACUGCUCUUUUGGGAGAAAUCGACAAUAUAAUAAAGGACGUCGAGCUCAAAUAUGCACUUGACUGUAUUGGAGCUGAUACAGCACUUCAUUGCGCCAUAGCAUUGGCAUCUGGAGGAAUAUUGUGCACUAUCGCCGGUGAACCAAAAUCAUCGCCUGAAGACAUUGAAGUCAUUCCAACCUUAUUGGGAGGCUAUGAAAAGGAUGUCAAAAAGAAACGGUUUGUUGAGGAUUUCAUUUUGAAUGAUUUGAACAGUUUCUUGUUGAAGAAGGGUUUGAUUAAAGGAAACCCUACACAAAUUCUUGAUGGUGGUCUGAGUGCAGUCAAGGAAGGCUUUGAGUUGUCCUCAACUGGAAAAGUCUCUGGCAAAAAGCUAGUGCUUUUGCAGCAUACAUAA